GUGGUAUUCUGAACAGGUGUGUGGAAACAGUUCACGAGUGCAUUAUUAUCUUCAGACUACUCACAAGCACGCGUCGUACGGCAUUUGACGUCGGUUAGGUCAUUUAAAAAACGCUACACGUUGGUCUUCGACCACUAUGCCUCCAGCAAUAGACCGCAGCAAGGUGAUAAUUCGGCCAAUUUCUUCCAGCAAAACUGAGCAAAGAUGGGUCUGGGAGAUGGUUAUUCGUAAUUUGACGAAUUGUGUCAUACCAGGAUUAGUAAAGAGAACCCUGGCGCAGCUGCCGGCCGCCGCGAUUGCCGCCCCUGUCCUAGCUUUUCUGUGGUACGUCACGGGGAAUGCUAUUUUCUCGGUACUGGCAACUGUUAUCUUCUGGGUAGUAAUUAGUGUGGCCAACUGUUACAUGGGAAUAUGGGGAUGGGAGGCAUGCUUUCAAGAGGAAAAGGCGAACCUGUACGAAUACUACAACAGGCCCAAGUCAAGGUUUUGGGUGGCUGAGAACGCAGGGAGAAUUUUGGGAUCUGUGGCCAUUGACAGGAAAACUGACGACGUUGCUGAACUAAAAAGAAUGGUCCUGGAACCAGAUUGCAGAGGGUCUGGAAUAGCCAGUGAUUUGGUAAAAACCGCCGUGGAGUUUUGCAAGGAGAGUGGUUACAAGGAGCUUUUCCUGUCGACAUCUGAAUUCCAGCUCAGCGCACGUGCCCUUUACGCCAAAUGUGGAUUUAAAGAAACUGAUAUUAUCAGAAACCCUAGCGAUUUUUAUCUUACAACAUUAUAUGUCCACAUUUUUAGAAUGACCUUGACCGAGGAAAAGAUAAAGCCAUUUGCCCAUGUUAUUUCUUGGCAUAAGACGAAUUAGUGAAAAUAUAAUACAGUAAUUUCUUCUGUCUUCUGUCCCUUUUUUGUUUAAUGCAAUAGUCUCCGUUGAACAUUGCUUUAUAUUUUAAUUCAGGGCCUGGGCAACGAAUGUAUUCUUGAUCUCAAAAUAUUUCAUGCCGAAGAAUACUUUUAAGUUAAAACAGGUCAUAUGCAUUAUGACUUUGAGGCCUGCAUGGAACGAGGUUAUUUUUUUAAACAUUAUUUGAUUCUUGAAUUUGGCACCGAGAUAAAGAAAUUUGCUUUAGGUGUCACUUUGUAUUGCCUUCUAAAAAGACAUUCCAGGCGCACUGAGUUUCAGCCUUGUCAUCUCUCGACAUUCUGACAUUAAGUGAGUCUAUAUAUGAUCUUUAUCAUUUUUACUUUAUGAAAACAGAAUAAUAAAACAAGUUAAAAUAUAAAAUGUUUAGCUAGAAAUUGUUAAAUAUCUCCUAGUUCAUAAAGUAUAAUGAAUAUUUAAACUAACGGAAAAAAUAUAUUUUGACAUACUGAUAGUCCAAUAUAAUAUAAGGUACUCACAAUAUACAAUAUACAAAAAAUAUAUUACCAAUUUGAACAAGUAACCACUGUAUCAAUUGGGAGCAUGCAUUCUUGUAUAACUCUACAAUGCGUACUAUCAACAGUGAAACUCCGGCAAGAGUAAGACCACUCAAUUGUCCGAGUCCCAUUUGUUAUCCAAAUAACAAUGUUGCAAAACAGAGUGAGGAUAAGCACUGUGCCGCGGACACCAAUGAGAUAUUUGAAACAAUUUU